CAGUUGGUUCCUCUCCCAUCGGUCGACGAGCCCUCCUCAAGGUUUACUUUCGGAUAACGGUGCUGUCAUAUUAAGGCAAAUUAUUGUAAUAUCAGAAUCAAGAUGAAUGUUUGUAGCAUGCGGUCUUCAAAAUGACAACUUUUAAAUUGUUCUUGCAGUCUGACAGCAGCCACACGCGUGUUAUUUCUAAUAGCGAGGUCAAUUUCUUCGCACACGGAGCUAGCUAACGCUGUACGCAGCUGUCAGUAACCAAAGCGCACACGGGCUGUUAGCUUAGCUGCAGGUGUCUGUUCCGACAUAUGAUACGGACCGAGAUUUCAACGAUAUAAAUAGCUACGGAUCGUGCAAAAUUGACCUCGAAUAAGCUAAAAUGGACAAAGAAGAAGCGGACAGGCUAAUAGAAAAGGCCAAGCUGUGUUUACGUUCGGGACGGAAAGAGAAGGCGCUGCAGCUGCUGAACGAAGCCCAGAGCCUGUACCCGAGCACCAGGGCCAGAGUCCUUAUUGAAGCCAUACUCAGAAAUGGAGGCACUCCUCAAACAGACUCAAACCAUGUACCACCACCAUCGGGCUGGAGAGAUGAAGAUUUCGGAAACAAUGAAGGAACCAGUAAUGCAAGUAAUUCAAAUAGUGACGAAAAGCACAGCUACACAGAAGAUCAACGGCAGUCUGUUUACAGGAUAAAGAAUUGCAAAGACUUCUAUGAGAUUCUUGGUGUUCCCAAAAAUGCAAGUGAGGAAGAUCUGAAGAAAGCUUACAGAAAGCUGGCCUUAAAAUUUCACCCUGAUAAAAACUGUGCUCCUGGGGCAACAGAUGCAUUCAAAGCAAUAGGAAAUGCAUAUGCAGUCUUGAGUAACCCAGAGAAGAGGCAACAGUACGAUCAGUACGGAGACCAGUCCAAUGCUCCAACUACACAGCACUCUACUCACGCCCACCAUAGACACUACCGCAACUUCCACAGAGACUUCGAGGCUGACAUCUCCCCUGAAGAGCUCUUCAACAUAUUCUUUGGAGGAAGAUUCCCCACAGGCAACAUUCAUGUGUACACCAACCAGGGAGCCUCCUAUUCCCAGUUCUACCAGCCGCGCCGCCGACGAGCAUAUGAGAGGCGUGAGGAGGUUGUGGAAGAAAACCAGAGUCAGAACACCUUCACUGCUCUGCUCCAGCUCCUCCCUGUGCUGGUCCUAAUCCUCAUAUCAGUGUUUACUCAGAUGAUGGCCACCAACCCUCCCUACAGCCUCUUCUAUAAACCGGCUUUGGGGCUGGUGGUGUCCAGGGAAACACAGCACAUGGGCGUACCGUAUUAUGUAGAUAAAAGUUUUGAAAAGGAGUACCGCGGAGCUGCACUAGACGAGCUGGAGAAGACUAUAGAAAGUGACUACAUUGAGCAUCUUCAGAGCAGCUGCUGGAAAGAGAAACAGCAAAAGUCAGACUUGGCAAAUCUAGGGCAGCUUUACAGAGAUGAGCGGUUAAAGCAGAAGGCUGAAACAAUGAGGCUGGACAACUGUGAGAAACUACAUCGACUAGUGCAAAGACAAAGAGGCUAAUGUGGACUGUGAGAGAGGAGACAUUUCUGACUCAUCUUAAACUACACAUUUGAAUGAGUGUAGUUUUCCCAAUCUGGCUACUUUUGGAGAAGAGUGAGGAAUGGUGCAGUGGUAGCUAAUGCCACUGAAAACUAUGUGCCUUCUCUUGAAUGGUAGAAAAUAGUGUUCGCAUGUUAGCAGCCAGCACUGAUGAUGGAAGCUGUGAGGUAUGAUGUUAUUGUGACAGUGUUAUACUAGUGGAGACACAACACUUAUAGAAAUUGCACAGUGUUUGGUAGGGAGGUAAGGCUUGAAGGCUGUCGACUGGCACAGUUAAGGUUUUUUGCUUUCUAUGUAACUAGACAAGGCCUCUGUCUAGCGCCUAUUUGUAUUUUUUAGUUUUCCUUGUGAAUGUUACAAGAGCAUUAUGCGUCAUCAUUUUAUUUGUAAGGACAAAUCAAAUUCAAAAAUACUACCAAUGCCAGUUGCCCAUCUACAGUAUGAUGGGUCUCGCUAUUUAUACUUGCUUCAAACCACUAUUUCCACGCUCAUGUCUGUUUUUUUUUUGUUUUUUUUGCUAAAGAAUUCCAAAAUGUUACUAAAUAGCCAUGUUUAAUAGUCAUUUUUUAACCAUUAUACAAAAUAAUGAUACAAAUAUGGGACAAAAACGUUUGUAUAACAUUGUAUAAGCAUUCACAAUUUACCAAGAUGGAGUGCUUAAUCCUUCACACACUGUGGUAAUAGAUCUCAUUUUAUUAAAAUAUAAAUUUAGAAAUUAUAAAUUAGAAAAUGUAUUCAUUAACAAAACAGACUUCAGUGUCUUAUUUCUGGACAAUAUCCUCCAAUAUUAAUGUGCUCAUGUUGCUGACUAGACUGACAAUUACUUUAGAAGUUCUCAUUUGUACGAAGUCUGUAUCAAGCACUUUAGUUCAAAUGUUUGUUUGAAAUUUAAGUUUAUUUAUUUAAUGUUGCAUGCAGAACCGUUCAAUGUCAUGAUUUAUGUAUUUACUUAAUUGAAGCUAACUACCAAGACCUCAGAUUAUUAUUAAAACAUUGUUAACAUUACACAUGAAAACUGUGAAAUUAAGACAAAGGAAACAGUGGCUCAUAGCCAACAUUCAAGAAAAAAUAAAAAGUUCACACUA